AUGCCCAGCCACAACAAACACAACAACCAUAUCGAGUUCCUUUCCAUCACGUUCAACCAGAACAAUUACAGCAACCAUCUCAAGAUCCUUUUCUGCAGGCCCAGCCACAACAGGCAAAAGAAAAAAAGAAAGCCUGCGAUCCUUGCCGUGAUCGUCAUAUAUCAUGUGAUGAAAGCCGUCCAUUAUGUGGCUCCUGCAAAAACGAGGGAAGAGUUUGUCAUUACCGCCCUCUCAAUGAACGCCCUGGUAGUCCCCAGACACCGGUUGAAAAGGAUUAUAGAAGCGCUGGAAGAAAAUAAGGCGAGAACAAACCAUCGAUACGAUGAACUAGAGCAGCGUAUGCGUGAUAUUCAAUCCCUAGUGGCAUAUUUCUUUGAGAACUUCCCGAAGCAAAUCAUUUUGACACAGAAAAUCGAAUGGGAAAGCAGCAGAACACAACAGAUACUUGCCGAAGACAUGGAACUAAACCCAGCAGUCGAUGCAGCGACGACGGAAAAUGAAAGUGACGGAGACUUGUCGAUCCCGCUGGAUCAUUGUACAGCUGCUCAUAAAUUACUAUCAUGGCCCUCUAUUCAACGAUUGCUGGGACAAAAGGACUUCGACAUUGAUUACGUGAUGAGACUUGAGGAGGAUCGCGGGGUUAUCCGAAUCUACGGCCAUGGCGAAGGAAAGGACGAUGGCGGCCCCCACUGGGGUGACGGCCUCCCGAUACCUUCACUUUCUUAUCAAGGGGUAGAAAACAAAGUGGAUGGAAUUGAUAGAUUUGGAGCGCUGGACACGCAUCGUGACACCUUAAGGCGUCUGCAUCGCAGCUUCAUGGAGAAUAUCUACCCACUACACCCAGUUCUGGACAAAGCUGUUCUGGAGCAAAAAAUUGAGAAUUUCAGCAACCAGUACUCAAAGGCAAACCGCCCAAUUGAGCGCUCCAUUGAUAAUGCAGUCAUUCUCCUAGUUCUUGCUUUGGGCGCUAUCUGCGAAUGGAAAGUUCGGAUCCCAGCCUUGACAAAGGUUGAGGAUACCGCAAAAAACAUGCAUGUAAUUCCAGGCUUAGCUUAUUACGCACACGCGACAGAUUUUCUGGGCAAUAUGCAGGGUGGGAGCGGCAUUUCAAACGUGCAAGCCGCCCUUCUUGCAGGGCUAUAUACGGGCCAAUUGGCACAUCCAUUCCAGAGUCACGGCUGGAUAUCCCAGGCAGCCAGAGCAUGUCUGAUCUUGGUACAUCCGAGAAAGUAUACUACCUUACAAGAUGAACGAAUGAAAGACCUUUGCAAUGCCGCUUAUUGGGCCUGUCUGCAACUUGAAAGCGAUAUACUUGCCGAACUAGACCUUCCUCCUAGCGGGAUAUCUCGAUCUGAAGAUCGAAUUGACCUCCCCAAAGGUCUUCAUUAUCCCGAGGAUUCUUGCAUAAUGCUAUUCUAUUCAGCACAGAUCCAUCUGCGCAAAGUCCUGAACCGAGUCCACACCUAUCUCUACAAAACCUCCAAUGGUAAGAAAUUAUCGACAUCCAAUGACGUCCUGGAAAUACUUGGAAAGGGCCUCGAUUCAUGGCGCCAAAAUCUUCCGCGUGAAAUGCAGUGGGAUGAUAAUGAUGAACCUUCGUCAGAUAUCAAUACAGCUCGACUGCGGGCUAAAUACUAUGGAGCGCGAUACAUUAUCUACCGCCCUUUGCUACGUUAUGCGCUAAAUCGAGCAAUUGAUUCAGGACAAACUUUAGUUGGGCUGUCUAGCCCUAAGUCCGAACCCAUCUCUCCCACAUUGCAUCCUGUAGAAAGCACUGACGGGACGAUUUUCUGGGACACUCUCCCACGAACAGUUCAGACUGCCUGCAAAAUCUGCAUCAAUGCAGCCGUAAGAAGCACGCGAGCGUUUCAUAAUAUUCAAGGCAGACCAAUCAUUACUAAUGUUUUUGGUACCGCUCAUGCGCAGUUUGGCAACAUGCUUGUUUUAUCAGUGACAUACGCAUCUCAUCUGCGUCACCUAGUAGAGCGCAGCGAGCUACAAAGCUUGCUUAAACGGACCAUCACAUUUUUAGAAGAUUACAAGCACCUCUCACCAACGCUGUCAGUCGAUGCGGAGAUUCUCGCCAAAAUCUACUCUAAGAUAUUUCAAGAAUAA